UUACCUCUCAGCAUUUGCCAUAAGCGGAACAGGUGAUCAAUGCUGGGAUUUUCACAACACCAAGAAAUAGUUUUUUUGGGAUGUCAGCCUACUUUUGGUUUGAGGGAAUAUCUUUCCAUGCUAUGGUGCAUAAAAGAGAAAUUAUUGAAGAAAGCCGUGAUAAAUUUGUGAUCAGAGAUGAAGACACAGUCAUACUGAGUUAUCCUAAAUCAGGAACUAACUGGCUGAUUGAGACUGUCUGCUUGAUUCAGACCAAGGGAAAUCCCAAAUGGAUCCAAUCUGUGCCUGUCUGGCAACGCUCACCCUGGAUAGAGACUAAAAAGGGAUUUCCAAUAUUAAUCAAUAAGGAAGGACCACGCCUCAUGUCCUCCCACCUCCCUUUCCAUCUUUUCCCCAAGUCUUUCUUCAGAUCCAAGGCCAAGGUGAUCUAUAUCAUCAGAAAUCCCAGAGAUGUUCUUGUGUCUGCUUAUUUUUUCCGUCAUAAAAUAAAACUUAUUGAUAAUCCAGAGUCACUAGGAACUUACUUUGAAUUGUUCCUCAAAGGAAAUGUGCCAUGUGGAUCAUGGUUUGAGCACACCCGUAACUGGCUGUCUAUGAGAGAAAAUGACAACUUCCUGUUAAUAAGCUAUGAAGACAUGAAAAAGAAUACAAGGGUAACCAUAGAGAAGAUCUGUGACUUCCUAGGAAAGAAAUUGGAACCAGAUGAGCUAGAUCUGGUCCUCAAGUACAGCUCCUUCCAAGCCAUGAAAGAAAUCAAAAUGUCUAAUUUUAGUCUUAACCCAGAAGAUGUGCUUACUAAUGGUUUGGUCCACAUGAGAAAAGGCACAACUGGGGACUGGAAGAAUCACUUUACAGUAGCCCAAGCAGAAGCCUUUGAUAAAGUAUUCCAGGAGAAAAUGGCUGGUUUCCCUCCAGGGCUGUUUCCAUGGAAAUAAAUCAUUAAAACUUCAUAAUCUUA